GUCUCGCCCCAGACAUUAGCCCCCGGGAGGAAUGUCUAGGAAACGGCCAAAAUGGCCAAUUAAUGUGUGGAGACAUUAAGAUAGGAGCCCUGGCGCUGGCGGCGGAGGCGAAGACGGACGCCCCGCCUGCGGCAGCGGCGCUGGUACGGGCGCUGGAGCCGAGCGGCGGCUGCGCCGCAAUGACGGGUCGGGCGACGGGAGCCGCGGGGACGGCGGCGGCCGCCGGGCUGUGGCGCCCCUCCAGUGGCACCAGCGCCGGUACGGACGCGGCAGCGAGGCGGUGGCUGCGCCGCGAAGACGGGUCGGGCGACGACCGCCGCGAUGACCGUAUGCCCUCGGCAAAUCACAUCCUGUCGGUCCUGUGCUCCUGUCGCGACUGCUCUCAGGUCGGGUCGCACGCCCUUUAGUGUCUAGAGCAGAUUGCGCUGGUGAGCUGCGCCAGCAGGUCCCUGUCAUAACCAAUGCAGUAUUUCAGUAUUUGCGUAGUGCCUUGCGUUGACCUGAGUCACCUGCCCCAACACCUUACACAGUGCUGGCAGCAAGCCCGGGGUGGAUGGAAUGGGUACGCGAGGAUGGGAUGGGAAUUGCAGCAAUUAUGGCAACAGCCUUGGCAAUGGCGCUGUGUGUGCCCGCGACGGCCCGCGGCACAAUCGGUCGGGCGCCCACUCCAGACGCGAAGUGUUCGUUUAGCCGUCGUGCGCCGUGUCAAACCCUGGCACGCGCCCCGACGGGUCUCUUUCCGGGCAGCCCCGUGUGUAACUUGCUCGAAAC